CGCAUCGCCGGCUCCGGCCGCCCUCUGCUCCGCGCCUGCCUCGCCCGCCGCCCCCUGAUCCUGUCCCCCUGGCUGGUUUGACCCCUGGCUGGCUUGUCAAGGCCCUGUUGCAGCUGCCUUAUUUGAAUUUUCUUUUGCUUUAGCUAUUAGUUUAGUAUUUUGAUGCUCUUAUGGUACACCGUUUUCCCUGGUCCUUCUGGUGUCAGAGUAGUUAACCAGUUUCGCGCUGCUGUGAUUCACUGAAAUUAUUUUAGAUUUACAAGACGUAUUAUCAGACUUUAAAAAAAAAUAAGUUGAUGCUAACUUGUUAGCAAUCUGCUGGUGGUCUCACUUGCCUAGCAAUGCUGUUUGCUCUUGCUUUUAAAGUGCAGCACGCAGACGGAGCUGUGUUUGGCAUGUCUUCUGUUACAAAUCUGUAAAUCAGAUACUUGAAAUAUACUAUUCUUUUUGAAUGUUUACUCAUAUUUAAGCAAAAAAACUCAAGAAUUUUUAUGAAUGGCUUUUAAAUAUAUUUUGAUAAUAGAGGCAAAAUUGAUAACAUACAUUACUGGUAGGGACAAAUAUUUACACAUUACAUUUUGUUCCUCAAAACCGGGAGAGUUUCUUUGUCAAAUGCCUGGUUCUGAUUUGCAGGAUUAAGGUGUGGUUAGUUUCCAGUUAAUGAGACUACUGAAAAAUAUUUUUUUCUACCUUCUCCUCCCUUGUUCUCUUAAGCAUAUAUUCUAAAAAAGAUGAGAGUGACUCUUAGGAGAGAAUUUGUAGAUCAAGGUAUCAUCUGUUUAACAAGUUAAAUCCAGUUUAUUUUUCCUGCUGGCAGGUAUGAUGGGAAGGAUAACAAUAAUUUAUACUUGUCGAGAGAGACUCAUUAUGUUGGUUAUGUAUUUAAACAAAUAAAGCCUCUAUAUUUCUGUAUUUCCUCACCCUGCAAUUUUGUUUUGUUUUCCUGUUUAUAAAAUUAAAGGCUUGCACAAGAGAAAGAUCUGCAACUGCCUUAAGUGUUGUAAAAAAAACAACCACUAAAGCCAAACAGAACCCCCAAAACCUUCAGCUAGGCAAGGAGACUUGAAGAGAUUUGGCUGUGUAGGGAAUAAAGCAUGUGUGAUUCAGUUGGUAUAGAUCUGGUUUAAUUAGGACACCUAUAUGUGAAAACGCUGUCUUCAGGGACAUUGAUGCUGUGGCAGGAAAGUCAGGAUGAAAUUUUUGUGACUUAUUAUGAACAAAUGAAUGGUAAUAUGUUACCAUCUUCUUUGAUGAUUUAAAAUGUGAACGGUUAAAAGUCAGUAAUGAUGACUCAAAAAAAGAAAUUCUGUUUCUAUAUUCUAAUGUUAUUAGAAGUUUUCCCAUAAAAUUGAGGUGUUUUUAAAGAAUUUAUUUCCACAAAAAUUUGAUUUGAGAAGUACACAUCUCACUUUUUUUUUGUCAUAAUGCUCAGUGCUCCCAGUUUCUGAUGGUAUGUAUUUCAUGCAUUGUUUCAGGAAAUGGUACAGUUGUUGCUGUGCAGCUGCAUGUUGCUGAAUAGCGUUUCUAUGAGCUUGCUGUUCAAUCUGUCUGUUGUUCAGAAUGGCGAAGAACCCUAAUUUUCAGGAAGCUGGUAAUGUGCCUACGGGCUACGUUCACUGUAGAUCUUCAGAGAGUUUUGCUGGCUACCAGUAUCACCAUCCCUCCAAGAUGAGUAACAGCCAUCCACUUCGUCCUUACACAGCUGUGGGUGAGAUUGACCACGUUCACAUUCUGUCAGAGCACAUUGGUGCUCUAAUGAACGGGGAGGAAUAUAGUGAUGUUACCUUUAUUGUAGAAAAGAAACGUUUUCCAGCACACAGGGUGAUCCUGGCUGCUAGAUGCCAUUAUUUCAGAGCGUUAUUGUAUGGAGGAAUGAGAGAAUCUCAGCCUGAAGCAGAAAUUCCUCUUCAGGACACCACUGCAGAAGCAUUUACCAUGCUGUUGAAAUAUAUUUACACUGGUCGUGCUACACUACGAGAUGAGAAAGAGGAGGUUCUUCUAGACUUUUUAAGCUUAGCACAUAAAUAUGGAUUCCCAGAACUGGAGGAUUCUACAUCUGAAUAUCUUUGCACAAUACUUAAUAUUCAGAAUGUCUGUAUGACCUUUGAUGUUGCCAGUCUUUAUUCUCUUCCCAAAUUAACUUUUAUGUGCUGUAUGUUCAUGGAUAGAAAUGCCCAAGAGGUUCUCUCCAGUGAAGGCUUCCUGUCACUUUCUAAGGCUGCUCUUCUAAGUAUUGUAGUGAGGGACUCAUUUGCAGCUCCUGAGAAGGACAUUUUCCAAGCUUUGAUGAACUGGUGUAAACAUAACCCCAAGGAAAACCAUGCUGAAAUCAUGCAAGCAGUACGUUUGCCACUGAUGAGUCUAACUGAACUACUGAAUGUUGUAAGACCUUCUGGAUUGUUGUCACCUGAUGCCAUCCUAGAUGCCAUUAAGAUUCGUUCAGAGAGUCGGGACAUGGACCUCAACUACAGGGGCAUGUUAAUACCAGGGGAAAACAUUGCAACAAUGAAGUAUGGAGCACAGGUUGUAAAAGGGGAGCUGAAGUCUGCUUUAUUGGAUGGAGAUACUCAGAACUACGACUUGGAUCAUGGCUUCUCUCGACACCCGAUCAGUGACGACUGCCGUUCUGGAAUUGAAAUUAAACUAGGCCAGCCAUCAAUAAUCAACUACAUACGAAUACUCCUGUGGGACAGAGACAGUCGGUCUUAUUCCUACUACAUUGAGGUGUCCAUGGAUGAAUUAGACUGGAUUCGGGUUAUUGAUCACUCUAAGUACCUCUGUCGGUCCUGGCAGAACCUGUAUUUUCCUGCCCGUGUCUGCAGGUAUAUUCGAAUUGUUGGGACCCACAACACAGUGAACAAAGUUUUCCAUAUUGUGGCAUUUGAAUGCAUGUUCACGAACAAAUCCUUUACUCUUGAGAAAGGUCUGAUAGUUCCCACUGAAAAUGUUGCAACAAUUGCAGACUGUGCCAGUGUGAUUGAGGGUGUAAGUCGCAGUCGUAAUGCCUUAUUGAAUGGAGACACAAAAAACUAUGACUGGGAUUCAGGAUACACGUGCCAUCAGCUUGGGAGCGGCGCUAUUGUAGUACAGCUAGCACAGCCCUACAUGAUUGGAUCAAUACGGUUGCUACUUUGGGACUGUGAUGAUCGGAGUUACAGCUACUACAUUGAGGUUUCUACGAAUCAGCAGCAGUGGACUAUGGUGGUGGAUCGCACAAAAAUUUCCUGCAAAUCCUGGCAAACAAUCACUUUUGAUAAACAGCCUGCAUCUUUUAUCAGAAUAGUUGGAACUCGCAACACAGCUAAUGAGGCACUUCAAGAACAAGAAGUGUUUCACUGUGUGCAUUUUGAGUGCCCAGCACAAAACAGUACCCACAAGGACGAGAGUAGUAAGGAAGUGGCAUCAACAGAGGUGGGGACUGCUGGACAGUAGCUUGUUUCUCGCCCUGUUUGAGCUGCAAGCACUAGUCCCCUGCAUUCCCCUCCUGGAUCCACCUUGUGUUCACAUGCUCACCAACAAUAAAGAAGGUUGAAAGGGAGCUUUUGCAGCCUUGAUGACAUUCUGUGAAAUUAUUCAGAACCUUCUUGUGCUGGCACCUGUUCUUUCUUUGUGAACGAAGGGGACCAUGUCUGAAAGCUGGAAACGUUGAAAUGGAAAAGGCUUUUCCUGAGCACAUGAAGAGACUGCUUCACUCUCCUCAAUUUGUUCAAAUCAGGCUGGUCUUCAAGGGGUGAGAAAAUAGGUCUUCAAUCCUCAUCAAUUACCCCAUUAACACCCUACCUCUCUAAUCUAACCAAGGCAAGGAAAACAGAAGGAAAUAAAAGGCAGAGCUACAGUGGAAAUCUAAAAUUACUGGAGCAGAAUGGAAGGCAUAUGAAAUAAGUAUUUGUUCCCUAGAGGCUUUCAUUAGCAAAAAAAAAAUAUUUAUGGAACACAUCAGUCCAGCAUAUAUGUUAUUUUUAAAAGUGAUUCUUCAUUCAUAUUCCUUUGUAACUAGUAAUCUGUUUUCUAAAUCAUUUUGACCCUGUAUUCCAGUUUGUCUCUUAUUUUUGGCUGUAGUCAAUGCUGUACAGUAGAUUAAGGAAGUAUCAAACAUGUUUACCUGCUGAGAUGCAAAUUCCCUCAUUCAUCAGUGGGAUGACAAGAAAAGCAUUCAUGAUAUCAACAAACUAAUUAAUGUAUCUAUAUUAAUCUUGACCUUAGUUGACUUUUCAAAGUACAAAAUUGUCAUUUCUUACACUCAAAAAGGAAAUUCCUAAAUCAAACAUCCAUCUUGAAGAAUAGCAUAUUUUUUCACUCCUGAAAAUGAUUAAAUUUUGCCUGCGUUUCUAAGACAGCUUGCAACAGAUCAUCAAAAAUGUUUGGUUUAGAAAAGUGGAACUGCAUCUGGUCACUGACAAGCAGUUGUUCAAAUACAGAAAGAAGAAUUUGCAGAUAACUUACAUUUUUCCAAGAAAAAUUGUUUUACAGUUUGGAGCUAAAAAUUCACAGGCUAUGUGUGCAUUAACAUUUCUCAUGAGCCUCACAAAAUAUGAUACUUUUGCGCUGUAUUGUAAAAAAUUUGGUUCUUACUUUACAGUUACAGAAUUCAUUAUCCAUCCGUGUCUGUCUGGAUUGCAUUGCCUGCUACUUUGCUUAUUCUGUUUUCACACUGAUGAUGAUGCAGUCUCUUACUCUCUAGACCUGCAUGACUUUUAGGAAGAACUCCAUGUUGGUCUUUCAGUAUGGGAUAAAGACAUUUUGUUUUAAGACAAAUGCUGAUGUAAUUGGCAAAAUUGAUUAGGAGGAUUGUUACUCCUCACAAAGUAUAUUGUAUUGGAAAUGUCAGCUAACCAGUUUUAUGAACUUGGAAUUUCCUAUGGUGAUAAAUAGCCUUGUCAGAAGAAAACAAAGCUGGUGCAGGAUAAAUACGGUUUUGCUUUGCAUAAUCAUAGUGAUAAAAUGAGUUAUAUCAACAUAGUGAAUUGUAUGUUAAUUUAUCACACUACUUAAUUUGAAAUAAUUUCCCUGUUGGAUACUAGUUGUGCUAAACCCAAAAAGAAAUAUAAUCGGUGGUAGCAGUGAAUCAGAGGAAAUUUCUAAUAAGAAAAGCGUUCUUUCUUCUUUCAAAUAAAAUUGAUUAGGCUUUAUCAAUAAUAUUACAGUAUUUUCAUUGCCAAAUUACAGUUUAGUUCAGACAGUCCUCUCCCUUCCCACUGCUGUCUCCUGACUUGUGAAUGCUUGUUGGUGAAGAUGGAUGCCCAUUGUGCUGUAUAAAGCUUCUAAUGUAUGUGCUACAGCUGCCUCAGACAGUCUGGAGUUCUGGGACAGGAUUUUGCUUGUGACAGUCACCUCCUCAUCUGUGGGGCUGAUUACCUUAUGGUUUAGCAGCCUUUGGAGCAUGAAAGAAUUGAGACCAGCUACUGGGGACACCACCCUCUUGUUUAAGUAUAGAUCCAAAAAGUUGAAAUUUUUUUCCCUUUGAAAAGUAAAAGCAGAAAAUUUCUCCUGUUGUAAUCCAUGCUGGAACUACUGAGAUGCAUGGAGUGUGUCUUGCCUUUGGUAGAUAUAAGUCCUUUUGUGUGAGUGAUGGUAUUUCUUUGCACUUUGAUCAAACAAGUCUGCUUUUGUCAAACUGUGGAGCAAAGGGCAUAACUUUCUAGCUGUUAGUAUUUAGUAGUCACUGUGGUAGAGAAUGUUAAAAAAAAAAAUUAGGAAAAGGUUGUGCCAGCUGUUCUGAGUCUAGGCUCCCAGAGAAAGAAUGGGAUUUUUCCAUUUGCAGUCUCUAAUGUGCACAAUUAAUUUUUAUGAUACAAAAUUAAUUUUUAUGAUUUUGUAGACUAUAACCUACUGCAAAUCUUUUUGAUCUUGUCCUGUGACUCAUUGUGGAACAGAAGUGUCUAUUUCCCAUGAUAUUCACUCUCUGCCAAGAAUAUGAAUGAACAUAUCUGAGAUUCCCAGAGCAAAAACUCCAAGGUCCUGUAGACCCUUCAUUUCCUUACCCCCAUAAAUCAAUAAAAAACCCAACAACUUUG